AUGGCCGUAAAUCACACGCAUCUAAACGACGACCUGAAUCGUUUAACGAAGCUGACGCCGCAACCAAUCACGUUGCAGACGAGUUUCGGAGACGAUGUGUUUGAGAACGAGCCUGUGUGGUGUGCCAAUUGCACGAUAGCCGAGCCUACAAUUAUUGAGGGGAUCAACAAGGGCAAGUAUGCGCUUUGGACGGUGGAAUUUGAGACUGUUCGCGGUGCACGGUUCAAGAUCCGCAAACGAUAUAACGAUUUCGACGAACUGCGAGCAGAGUUGUCCAAAUAUACUAUCGAAACAGAGUUGCCCAAGUUCCCUCCAAAGUCUGGAUUGUUCCACGAUAGAUUCGACCCGACGUUUUUGGAGGGUCGACGCAAAGCGUUGGAAUACUGGCUAAGUAGCGUGGUGUUGAACCCAACACUUUGUUGUCGAGACGAAGUGAAACAGUUCAUACUGGCUAGAAAGUUAAUUAGCGAAAAUUAG